UUCGUCUCCCAGUUUAUACCUAUCCCAUACUCUAUUGUCUCUUUUAUAGUGUCUUGAUCGCUGGCUUUCAAUUGCUAUAACCCAAAACAACAAUAACUUUAUUUUAAGCGAAUUUUUUCUCCUGACCUGACGUUUAUAGAUUUCGUGCUCUGAUACCAAGGCGGAUUGUGUGUGUUUACAUUAAUCGCCGGACAUUAAUUAAACACUUAAUAAUUUCUCGCUAAAACUUUAUAAAUUACACCAAAAUAUUCAUUGUACUUGAUAGUGCUUAAUAAUAAAUUUCUAUUUAAUUUAUUAUGUCAUGCGCAACGGAUAUUAAUUUUUGAAGUUCAAAGACAGUUUUACUUACAUUUUGACACUGAGAGUCGAGAUUUUGGUUGAAAACUUCUCUUUUUAUUUCUAAGCCAUAUUAUAAAAAUGUUUUCGAUAACAAAGCUAUUAGUGCUGCUUAUUAUUUGUGAAACGACAGUUUGUCAAAAUGAUUACUCAUUUACACGGGCACGAUUUCGAAGAGAAACUCGAAACCAAAAUGCAAGCGAGGGGACAGAUUCCGAAACACAAACGACUAAAGCUGACGUGGAUGAAAUUAUUCCAAAAAUCUUCUCCGUGAAUAAUUCUGGCCUAGUACUGUUCAACAUGACCAAUACUCCCACCGAUCCCAAUGAACCUCAACAAGAUCAGCCUUUUAAUGAGAAACAAGAUUUUAAAGUGCAAAGAAAUCCCGAUGGUAAGCUGAAUAUUGUUUUUAAUGAUGUCUUUUUCCCUCAGAAGUCAUCAAUGCCACAACGAAGCAAUACGCCAAGUGCAGAGAGGACCUCAAAUACUGCUGCUCAACGUAGGCAUCCUCCAAAAGAUUUCUUUUUCCCUGAUGAAAUCGAUUCGGAGCCAAAAUGUCAGGAAGAAGGAAAAUCAUUUUGCACCGAUGUGCAAAAUUAUCCCGAACACAAAGUUGAAGAUAUGCUAAAAAAUCAAAUUUCUAAAUUUGAUGUUUUAUUUGGAGAUGAUGAUAUCCCUCAACCACUUAAUAUUAGCCAACGUAUGAGUCCUGGUGAGGAUUCACUUUGUAAAAGCGUUGAAAGGGUAAUAUACCCUAAGGCAGGAGAAUCCAAAGAUCUGAAGUGGUUAUAUAUUGUUAACCAACAGAAUUACACUCAAGCUGUGAAAAUUGAGGAAUGUGUAAAUCCCGAAUCGGCGUGUAUGUUUGCUGAUAGUUUUCCAAAUGGAUAUGUGACAAUGUGUAAACAAAGUUUUAUAUAUCGACAAUUAGUUGCUUUUACGAAAAAUGGUGAAAUUGUUAAAGAUAAUUUUAAGUUACCAUCAUGUUGUAAAUGUAUUUAUAAACAAAGAUAAAUAUUUAUAUGAUUUUUAUAUA